UGUAAAUCCCCGGGACGGUGUAGUAAGUGUCGAGGUAAACACCAUACAAGCAGUUGUGAAAUCCAUAAUCGUAAUAGUUUUAUGAUGCAAGAAAACGUAGUACGAGACACAAGAACCCAAAACAUGCAACACACACAGUUUCCUGCUACCCCACACCCACAGAUUCCUACUACCCCACACCCCCAGAUUCCUACUACGCCACACCCACAGAUUCCUAUAACCCAACGACAACAACAGCAAUCCCAUCAAGAAAUACCUCGAGCGGAAGUUUCUGAAGCCUCAGUGGCUAACCCAACUACGAACUUGUACACAACAGCUAAAACCAGUAUAUUAUUACAAACAGCUCGCGCGAUUAUAUCAAACCCGAAUGUUGGAGAACGUUCUAAGAACAUUCGCUUAAUUUUAGAUUUGGGGAGCCAAAAAUGCUACAUCACGGAGAGCUUGCGUCAAAAGCUUGACCUUACGGCAGUUAAUAGGGAAACAUUGGUUGUAAAGACGUUCGGUAAAACAACAGAGACGGCGCGGACUUGUGAUGUUGUUCAGACAGGUGUGCGAGCUAUGAAUAG